AUUAUCUGACCCUGCAGAGUCUGUUGCGUGUUGUGGCAGCAGCUCCACAUGCAUGAGUUUAUGUCGAGUUGUGUUAGUGCAGAGCUGUGUUGCCGGGGCUGUGUCACACAGGGAGUCACCAUGAGAGGGAGGGACUUAGGCAGCAGGACAAUGCUGGUGUUUGUGCAACGGCCCCUGAGUGGCGGCUGGCUCUCUCAGAUCGCUCUCGCUUGACUACCAUUGCUGCACACAUUGUUGGAGUGAAAGGAAAGUGGACAGCUUGAUCCUGUCUGUGGGAUGCACCGACAGAGGUGGUGGAGUUGGGUUUCUGUGUGAGGUCCAUCAAAGCAGAGAGGCUGGCCAGGAGGCACAGAUCAAACAUUGGUGGUUUUGGGCACGACUGAAAAUAGGUGUACAUUCCUGCUGGAUCAAAAAAGAAGGAAGACGAGGAAGAAGAGGAAGGAAGAGGUCAGCUGCUGCCAUAAUAAAAAGACGGUGAGCUGAUUUUUUGGCGUUCAUUGGCAGGUGAUAGUCGGACUGUGGUGACAACUUUGGGCUGAGUGCCCAAGCGUGAGAGAGGAAGAAGAAACGUAAGACGAAAAGUAGGAGUAGUUGGAGGAGGAGGUUGGGGGACGAGGAGGAAAGGAGUAGUGGACCUGGGCCUGGAGCCCAAACAAAAGCAGGAUGGCGCAGAAGAAGGUUAGUCUCCCUGCUAAGCUGAUUAAUGGGGGCGUGGCAGGCCUGGUUGGUGUGACAUGUGUAUUUCCUAUCGACCUGGCCAAGACACGCCUUCAGAACCAGCAGGGUGUCCAAGUCUACAAAGGAAUGCUGGACUGCCUGGCGAAGACGGUUCGCUCAGAGGGCUAUUUUGGAUGCUACAGAGGAGCUGCUGUGAACCUCACUCUUGUUACACCAGAGAAAGCCAUCAAGCUGGCUGCCAAUGAUGUCUUCAGACAGAAGCUCUCAAAGGAUGGUCAUUUGCCCCUGUGGGGGGAGGUGCUGGCAGGGUGUGGGGCUGGGACGUGUCAGGUGGUUGUCACCACUCCCAUGGAGAUGCUGAAGAUCCAGCUGCAGGACGCUGGAAGGCUUGCUGCUCAGAGACCUGUAAGAACUCCAGCUCAGGCUGCCGCUCCUGGCCCAGCUCCAUCACUGGUGGCCCCUCCACCAGCACAGCGGAACCCUCCACCUCGGGCCUCAGCUACCAGCAUCACCUUGGAGCUGCUGAAGACUCGAGGACUGGCUGGUCUCUACAGGGGGGCUGGAGCCACCUUAAUGAGGGAUGUCCCCUUCUCAAUGAUAUACUUCCCGCUGUUUGCCAACCUAAAUGCUCUGGGCCGGGAAAGUGUGCCGGGACAGGGGGAUGUGCAGGCCCACGCGCCAUUCUGGCAGUCCUUUAUGGCCGGCUGCGGUGCAGGCUCUGUGGCAGCUGUGGCUGUGACACCACUGGAUGUUAUCAAGACUCGUCUACAGACAUUGCAAAAGGGUGAGGGGGAGGACACGUACAGAGGAAUUGUCGACUGCACACGGCGCAUCAUGACGCGUGAGGGCCCAUCAGCAUUCCUAAAGGGUGCGACGUGUCGAGCUCUGGUCAUCGCUCCUCUCUUUGGCAUUGCGCAGGGUGUCUACUUUCUGGGGGUGGGUGAGACAGUGCUUGGGUUGCUGGGAUAACAGAGCUUGGCACCGGUGGUGGAGGUUUUGUUGUCUCUGUACAGAUAAUUUGCUGCUUUAAUCUGCAGUAAUUGACACUAGGUGAACGGUGACUACUGAGAGGGGAAUUUGGCCACAAUCUGCUAACCAAAGGAAGAGGGAUGGUGGGAGGCUUGAAGAGAGGUUCUUUUUACUAACACGUGGAUCACUGGGUUCACACUAAUCAACUUUCGCUAGGUUUUUCAUUCUGUCAGCAGGGUUCCAUAGGUUAAACAGGGUCCUGUUUGUGUGUGUGUGUGUGUGUGUGUGUGUGUGUGUGUGUGAGUGUGAGUGUGAGUGUGAGUGUGAGUGUGAGUGUGAGUGUGAGUGUGAGUGUGUGAGUGUGAGUGUGAGUGUGUGUGUGUGUGUGUGUGUGUGUGUGUGAGACUAAUCUAUGGGUGUGUGUCCUAAAUUGUUUUGGUUAUCCCAGCAUGUGGCUGUAAUAAAUAUCCAGGUGUGUUCCUCUCA